AUGGAAAUUUCUCGUCACGUCUAUUUUAUUACAUUUGGAGCUUUAGUGACUAUUCUACUCGACUUUUAUGCGAGUUUUUCGAACUAUGCACUCAUUCUCUUGACAUCAAUUCGAGCGUGUGCAAUGAUCAUCGCGUUUUUCUAUCGAGUUAUCUACGAUACUUACGACGCGAAGGUUGAUUCGGACACGAAAAAAUCCUUUUGGAAUCCAUUUAAAAAUCUCUUUGUGGUCAUUGCUGCGAUUGAGCAAGCAUUUGUUAUAUCUUAUCUCAAAUUUUCAUCUGAUCCGUGGACGAUAUUAUUCAUCAUUCAACAAGUAUCGAUGCCAUUGAUUGCGUACUUGUGGAUUCGACGAAUUGAAAGAGAUGAUUUGAGUUUUUUACAAUACGCUUGGAUCGAAAUGUUUAGUUCAAAAAUAAAUGAAGCGUCUUCAGUACAACGAAACGACGAACUUCAAGUUCUCAAGCGUCUCUUUCGCUGCAGUUUAGAAGAUUCCAAAAUAGUCGCUGUCGGAACAAUGUUUCUCUUCGCAGCUUCUUUAGCUGAUGUGUUUGUUCCUUUGUACACCGGACGACUUCUAUCAAGUGUAUCAUUUAAAGAAACAUGGCCAGAAUUUAAAUAUAAUCUAAUUAUGUUUAUAGUUGUUAAUUUCGCUGGAGGGUUUCUCGGAGGAUUUAAAAUGGGCGUGUUUGCUCUGUGUGUAUCUCGGCUAAGCGCGCGUAUAAAAGCAAAACUAUUUGGAGCGUAUCUACGGCAAGAAAUCGGCUUUUUUGAUACAAAUGAAAGUGGAAAAUUAGUCUCUCGUCUCAAUCAUGAUACACAAGUGAUGAGUUCAACUGUGGCGAAUAAUAUCGCAUGUUGUGCCGGCGCAUUAGUUCGAUUUCUCGGUACGGUUAUAAUGAUGAUUAAAUUAAGUAUUCAUUUAACGAUCGCGUGCAUUAUCGGUGCACCGUUGAUCUUGGUUGUUGCAAAACUUUGUGGAAAAAUUCAUCGACGCAUAUCUGAGAAAGUUCAAAGUUUAACAGCAGAUGCAUCGGAUAUUGCUGAUGAAACCAUUCAAACCAUCCGAACAGUGCGGAGUUUCGGAAAUGAAAAUGAAGAAUUAAAGAAAUUCGAACAAAUUCUUCAACAGUCGUAUGAAAUUGCAGUCGUACAAGCUGUUCUAACUGCAGCACAACGAUGGUUUGUCGAUUUGGCUCAGCUAUGUAUGAGUAUCGUUAUGCUUGCAUAUGGUGCUAAGCUUGUACGUGAUAAUUACAUAACUGGACCGGAUCUUCUAGCGUUUAUCAUCUAUCAAUUGACACUUGGUGGAAUUUUAAGUGAUAUUUCUCAGAUUUAUUCAUCGUUAAUGACAGCUGCUGGAUCGAGUCAAUCUGUUUUUGAAUUUGUGGAUCGGCAACCGGUUCAAAAACCCAAUGGAACAUUACAACCAGAAAAUUUACGAGGUGAUAUCGAAUUUCAAAAUGUUUCCUUGGUCUAUCCAGCACGACCGGAUGAAAUUGCUAUUCAAAAUAUAUCGUUUAAGAUCAAAGCUGGUCAAUCCUGUGCUUUUGUCGGACCAUCCGGAUCAGGCAAAUCAACAUGCAUCAAUUUGCUAGAGCGUUUCUACGAUCCAACUGAAGGAAAAAUCUUGAUUGAUGGUCGAGAAAUUCAAGAAUACGAUCAUCAAUAUCUCCAUCAAAAGAUAGCAAUGGUCGGUCAAGAGCCUGUUCUAUUCAAUCGAACAAUUCGAGAAAACAUCAUCUACGCACUGGAUAGUACUGACGAAGACAAAAUUAUUCAAGCUGCAAGUGAUGCCAAUGCACACAUGUUCAUUACUGCAUUAACUAAUGGUUAUCAGACUCGAUGUGGACAACGCGGCGGGCAUUUAUCAGGUGGGCAAAAACAACGCGUUUCCAUUGCUCGUGCGAUUGUUCGCAAGCCGACGAUACUUCUGUUAGACGAAGCUACAUCUGCACUAGACCCCGUCAACGAACGAUUGAUCCAAGACACAUUGUUUUAUAACAAAGAUAAUCAAGAACUACGAACUGUUUUGAUCUCCGCGCAUCGCUUAAGCUCAAUCGAACACUGUGAUCAAAUCUUUGUGAUACACAAAGGUCACUUGAUCGAACAAGGCACACAUGAAGAAUUAAUGACGAUCGAAAACGGAAUCUAUCGCGAACUUGUUCGUCGACAAAAAAUGAAUCUUGACGACGAUUAG